AUGCAAUACUGUGUGUAUAUCGAGAGUCGGAGACCAAACACACCGUAUUUCAUCUGUAGCAUUCAAGACUUCAAACUGGUCCACAACUCCCAGGCCUGUUGCAGAUCUCCAACUCCUGCUUUGUGUGACCCCCCAGCAUGCUCUCUGCCGGUGGCGUCACAGCCACCACAGCAUCUUUCUGAAGCCGGGAGAGGGCCUGUAGGGAGUAAGAGGGACCACCUACUCAUGAACGUCAAAUGGUACUACCGUCAGUCUGAAGUUCCAGAUUCUGUGUAUCAGCAUUUGGUUCAGGAUCGACACAAUGAAAAUGACUCUGGAAGAGAACUUGUUAUUACAGACCCAGUUAUCAAGAACCGAGAGCUCUUCAUUUCUGAUUAUGUAGACACCUACCAUGCUGCUGCCCUCAGAGGGAAGUGUAACAUCUCCCAUUUUUCUGACAUAUUUGCUGCUAGAGAGUUUAAAGCCCGAGUGGAUUCAUUUUUCUACAUAUUAGGCUAUAACCCUGAGACAAGGCGGCUGAACAGUACCCAGGGGGAAAUUCGUGUGGGUCCUAGCCAUCAGGCCAAGCUUCCCGAUUUGCAGCCAUUCCCUUCUCCAGAUGGUGACACUGUGACCCAACAUGAGGAGCUGGUCUGGAUGCCUGGAGUUAAUGACUGUGACCUCCUCAUGUACUUGAGGGCAGCAAGGAGCAUGGCGGCGUUUGCAGGCAUGUGUGACGGAGGCUCCACCGAGGAUGGCUGUGUUGCUGCGUCUCGGGAUGACACCACUCUCAAUGCACUGAACACACUACACGAAAGCGGAUAUGAUGCCGGCAAAGCCCUGCAGCGCCUGGUCAAGAAGCCCGUGCCUAAGCUGAUCGAAAAGUGCUGGACCGAGGAUGAAGUGAAACGCUUCGUUAAGGGGCUCAGGCAGUACGGCAAGAACUUCUUCAGAAUCAGAAAGGAGCUGCUUCCCAAUAAGGAAACAGGGGAACUGAUCACCUUCUAUUACUACUGGAAGAAAACCCCAGAGGCAGCCAGCUCCCGGGCCCAUCGCAGGCACCGCAGGCAGGCUGUGUUCAGGAGGAUUAAGACCCGCACUGCGUCCACACCCGUCAACACACCUUCCAGACCCCCCUCCAGUGAAUUCUUGGACCUGAGCUCGGCCAGUGAGGACGACUUUGACAGUGAGGCCAGCGACCAGGAGCUGAAGGGCUACCCCUGCCGCCAUUGCUUCAGCACCACCUCCAAAGAUUGGCACCACGGGGGCCGGGAGAACAUCCUGCUCUGCACAGACUGCCGCAUCCACUUCAAGAAAUACGGCGAGCUCCCGCCCAUCGAGAAGCCCGUGGACCCCCCGCCCUUUAUGUUCAAACCCGUCAAAGAGGAAGACGAUGGGCUCAGCGGGAAACAUAGCAUGAGGACGCGGCGGAGUCGAGGCUCGGUGAGUCCCGGGACAUUGCGCAGUGGUCGAAAGAAGCAGCCAGCCAGCCCUGAUGGUCGCACCUCGCCCAAUGAAGACAUCCGCUCCAGUGGCCGGAACUCCCCCAGCGCUGCCAGCACCUCCAGCAAUGACAGUAAAGCAGAGACUGUGAAGAAGCUGGCCAAGAAGGUGAAGGAGGGAGUCUCGUCGCCUCUGAAGAGCACCAAGCGCCAGCGGGAGAAGGUGGCCUCGGACACAGAGGAGGCCGACAGGACCAGCUCCAAGAAGACGAAAACCCAGGAGAUCAGCCGGCCCAACUCGCCGUCCGAAGGCGAGGGGGAGAGUUCUGACAGCCGCAGCGUCAACGAUGAGGGCAGCAGUGACCCCAAAGACAUCGACCAGGACAAUCGCAGCACGUCCCCCAGCAUCCCCAGCCCCCAGGACAAUGAGAGCGACUCGGACUCCUCUGCGCAGCAGCAGACCCUGCAGGCCCAGCCCCCAGCCUUGCAGGCUCCCCCUGGGGCUGCUCCAGCUCCCUCCACAGCCCCCCCAGGAGCGCCCCAGCUUCCCACCCCGGGGCCCACGCCCUCUGCCGUUCCUCCACAGGGCUCCCCCUCAGCCUCCACAGCCGUCCAGCCAGGCUCCGCCGGGUUCUGCUUCCCAAGUGCAGGAUGGCCACAGGGCAGAGCUCACCUCCCCAGGACACUAGGCAACUGGUCUCCCCCACACCCUCCCUUUCCUCAGCAGAAGGCGUCCAGCUCGGCACAUGAGGGCCGCCUCAGCGACCCCCAGCUCGGUGGUCCCAGCCACAUGCGGCCAUCCUUCGAGCCACCGCCAACCACCAUUGCUGCUGUGCCCCCGUACAUCGGGCCGGACACCCCUGCCCUUCGGACUCUGAGCGAGUACGCCCGGCCCCACGUCAUGUCGCCCACCAACCGCAACCACCCCUUCUACAUGCCCCUCAACCCCACUGACCCGCUGCUGGCCUACCACAUGCCCGGCCUCUACAACGUCGACCCCACCAUCCGGGAGCGGGAGCUCCGGGAGCGGGAGAUCCGAGAGCGGGAGAUCCGGGAGCGGGAGCUGCGGGAGAGGAUGAAGCCGGGCUUCGAGGUGAAGCCCCCCGAGCUGGACCCCCUGCACCCAGCCACCAACCCCAUGGAGCACUUCGCCCGGCACAGCGCCCUCACCAUUCCCCCCACUGCGGGCCCCCACCCUUUUGCUUCGUUCCACCCGGGCCUGAACCCCUUGGAGAGGGAGAGACUGGCCCUGGCGGGCCCCCAGCUGCGGCCCGAGAUGAGCUACCCCGAUAGACUGGCAGCCGAGCGGAUUCACGCUGAGCGGAUGGCAUCGCUGACCAGCGACCCUCUGGCCCGACUGCAGAUGUUCAACGUGACUCCACACCAUCACCAGCACUCACACAUCCACUCACACCUCCACCUCCACCAGCAGGACCCCCUCCACCAAGGUUCAGCAGGCCCCGUGCACCCGCUGGUGGACCCCCUGACUGCUGGCCCUCACCUGGCUCGCUUUCCCUAUCCCCCUGGCACCCUCCCCAACCCUCUGCUUGGACAGCCCCCCCAUGAGCACGAGAUGCUUCGUCACCCAGUGUUUGGCACCCCCUACCCCCGAGACCUGCCUGGGGCCAUCCCACCCCCCAUGUCAGCGGCCCACCAGCUGCAGGCCAUGCAUGCCCAGUCGGCUGAGCUGCAGAGACUGGCCAUGGAGCAGCAGUGGCUGCACGCACACCCCCACAUGCAUGGCAGCCACCUACCAAGUCAGGAAGAUUAUUACAGUCGACUGAAGAAAGAAGGUGACAAGCAGUUAUAAGUUAUUUAUUGUUAACGCUGGCUGUGGAAGCCCCAGUCUUGGGGGGAUAAACAGGACUUUUUACAUACAAUAGGAGCUGCAAAAGCAAAAGAAUAUCUUCUAAAGAUUUCUUUCUAUAUUUAAAAGCCCACAACUAAAACUGUGUCAGCAUAAUAGUGUGUGUUUGUAGAGAGGAUUCCUUGAGACUGGUUUGGGUCUCCCUGCAUGACAGUCCCCCAGAAACUUAGUGAGUCCUGGACUGGACUGAACAUUCAGAAAACUACCCAGCAAUCUUGGGGUUCGGCUUUCGUCUCCUUCCCUUCCUCGACUUCUCAGUAGGUGCUAGAACCCAGUCACCCCCUCACUGUGCGUGCAGACACACUCGGUCACAUGUGUGCCAAAACCCGCGGGGUUGCAGAUAUAGGUGGCAUAUGAGUUUGGAAUCCAAGAGCUAUAAUUUUUGAAGAAUCUUUUAUUUUACUACAUUGUUGGAAAUCUUCAUAAUUUGAGAAAGUUCUGCAGCACGGCUUUUUACGUCUGUAAAUAAUUUUAGAGCAGCCUUUUUUUUCCUUCCACAAACUACUGUUCCGAUCUAUUUUUUCCAGCCAUGUCACUAAUUGUGAAUUCCUAUCGGCUAUUGACAGAAUACAGAGUUGAUUUUUUAAUAAAAAGUUAUAUAUGAUUAUCCCUUUAAUUAAAGGGGACAGAUGGGCGUUACUAAUUACAAAUGGGCGAAAGCUUGGGCCCGGGUUUGGUCGCAGCAGUGAGCAUCCAGGGUUUUGCAGGGACAAUGUUGCCAGCGGUUUUUGUUUCGCUGCUUUGGUUUUCCACUUCUGUCUGUUCCUGGCUUGUGCGUGGCCAGCGGUGCAGACAUCUGCCAGAUCGGACCUCCUGGCAUUGCACCAGGAGCGCAGGCGUUAAAUGUCCACCGUCCUGUGUCUGCCGGAGAGAAAGCACAUGUUUCUGUGUGUGUGGUUGCAGAUCUCCUGACAGGGUUCUAGGCGCACGUGUUUGAUUGUUCUGUCCGAACUGCCCUUCUCACUCUGACAACCGCAUAACAUUCUCGGAACGAUUCCCUACAAGUAACUCCGCACGUGUGCUGGCCAGAGGCUCUGUUAGCCGUCUGCCCUUUCGUGUGUCCACGCGAUCUCGCCAGGCCGGGCCGUCCUCGCCACAGCCCGGGGCUGCUGUCCGGGUGGGAGAGGCCCCGGAGGUGGCACGGCCGUGGGUGGUAGCCUGUGUGUCUACCAGGAGCCUGGUGACCAUGUCCGACUGGGACACCAGUUGAGUCCCACCCUUCAUCCCGAAGUGGGAACUGGAGUGGCAGCCGCACACGUGGAGGGGAAGGCGGGCUUCCCUGGGAGGUGCCGGCUGGGGGCUCGGCCUUCUGCGUGGCCGAGGGGGAGCCUGGCUGCCUGCACCUGUUCCUGCCAGGCGGGACCUUUUCCUUCCUCGUCCCUCAGAUUCUUGAGGGCUUUUUCUGCCGUGGCAUGUGGUGGCCACGUCCAAGAAUUGUCAGACAAGAGAGCAUGUCUGUGGGCCAGGGGAUGUGAAGUACGUCCAGGACCCGAGCCCCGUGGGUAGGAAGGGAGGCUGGCGCUGGGACCAGACAACCAGGUGUCAGCGCAGGUUCGGGCCUUUCCCAUCCCUGCUCAACCGCCUUUGCUUUCAGUUGGGACAGAUAGAGGAUUGUUUUAUUUGUUGAAAAUGUUUGUAGUUUUUUCUUUAGUUUUCUUUCAUUCCAUUUCUGCCUUAAAUUUAGCUCCUUACAGGGGAGACAAGCUCAAAUGAACCCUUUGUCAUCGGACCUGUGGCUGCGUUGGCAGGGGCAUGCGUUCCUCGGGGGCGGUGGCUGCUCUCUGGCCGCUGCUCUCCUGGGGGCCUGCCCGUCCAUGGCGCCCGCUGCCCCCAGCCUCCCGCCUCUGCCCCACCUUCUCCCGUCCCUCGUUUUACUUCUGGUAGAACACGGCCUGCCGUUCAGUCAGGCCCCUUCAUCUCCUCCCCAGCAUCCAUUUUUCCAAAGAAGAGGGAGGUUAGUGCUUUGAAGUCUGUUGAGAGCUGUGGAAGGCGUGUCUGUCAGGCCCUGGUUCCCCCACAUCCGUGGUGAAGCACUGAGCUCCCUCCAGUCAGGGGCCCUCGCCUGGCCCGCUACCGCGGAGGGGCCCGGCUUUUGCGGGGUCUUUGAAGCCCGGCCCCUUGGUUUCCUUCUGGGUUUUCCUUCCUUUGUUUGAAGUUCGGUUUUCCUUUUCUGUGUUUUGUAUGUAUCUCGUUCCAUGUUGUCAAGGUUGCGCUUCAGGUCUCAUGCAGCGGCCGCAGAGCGAGGUGUGUCCUGGCGUGCCGCGUGUCUGUACCUUGAAGCUAAAUGUACAUAUGAGUAGUUUGCCGUGAGCUAACACAGUGUGAGCAGCGUAGACACCAGAGAUCGUGACUUCUGUGCUCUCUCCAUUCGAGUAUUUUGUAAUUUUUUGGAAAUAUUUGUGGACAUAAAUAAAACCAAGCUACACUACAACA